AAGAUUUUCAGGAGGUCUCCCUUGGACAAACAGAAUCUUAACUUUGAAAGGAUCCACAGCUUUUCUCUUCCUGUUGAAACAAGAGCAUAUCCUCUCCUCAAAGGAUGUGGUACCAUAAGUUGUUGCACCAACAAAGCAGGCUCCGUAAUUUGAUGAAGAGAGGAAACAUAGCUCAAGGUCUUCAUCUGUCCAACUUUAAAAGUUUAUUUUCAUCAUCCAUCCAUUGGUGCCAUACAACUUCCAAGUCUGUGAACUGUACUUGGCACCAACAUGAAGAUCAUUUGGAACUGCAAUAUGCUGGCACUGUGAUGCGCUUUGAUUAUGUCUGGCUUCGAGACCAUUGCCGCUCAGCAUCAUGCUAUAAUUCUAAGACUCACCAGCGGAGCCUGGACACUGCCAGUGUGGAUUUAUGUAUUAAGCCAAAGACAGUUCAUCUGGAUGAAACUAUGCUCUUUUUCACUUGGCCAGAUGGUCAUGUGACUAGAUAUGAUCUGGAUUGGCUGGUGAAAAACAGUUAUGAAGGGCAGAAACAAAAGGUUAUCCAACCUAGAAUAUUAUGGAAUUCUAAACUCUACCAGCAAGCCCAAGUUCCAUCUGUUGAUUUCCAGUGCUUUUUAGAAACAAAUGAAGGGUUGAAGAAGUUUCUGCAGAACUUUUUGCUGUAUGGAAUUGCAUUUGUAGAAAAUGUCCCUCCCACUGAAGAGCAUACAGAAAAAUUGGCAGAAAGGAUUAGCUUAAUCAGAGAAACCAUCUAUGGAAGGAUGUGGUAUUUCACUUCAGAUUUUUCCAGAGGUGACACUGCAUACACCAAGCUAGCUCUAGACCGGCAUACUGACACUACCUACUUUCAAGAGCCCUGUGGCAUUCAAGUAUUUCAUUGUCUUAAGCAUGAAGGAACAGGUGGUAGAACACUGUUAGUGGAUGGAUUCUAUGCAGCACAACAAGUACUUCAAAAAGCACCUGAGGAAUUUGAACUCCUCAGCAAAGUACCAUUGAAGCAUGAAUAUAUUGAAAAUGUUGGACAAUGUCACAAUCACAUGAUUGGGGUUGGGCCCAUCUUAAAUAUUUACCCAUGGAAUAAAGAGCUGUAUUUGAUCAGGUACAACAACUAUGACAGGGCUGUCAUCAACACUGUGCCUUAUGAUGUUGUCCAUCGUUGGUAUACAGCACACCGAACCCUAACAACUGAAUUGAGAAGGCCUGAGAAUGAGCUUUGGGUCAAAUUGAAGCCUGGAAAGGUACUAUUUAUAGACAACUGGCGAGUACUUCAUGGCAGGGAAUCAUUCACUGGCUACCGUCAACUCUGUGGCUGCUAUUUAACUAGAGAUGAUGUAUUGAAUACUGCUCGUCUCCUGGGUCUUCAUGCAUAAAAUCGAAAGUGCUAGGAUUAUGAAAACACUUGGCAUCCUCCUACCAGAAUUUUAUAUCAACAGAAUAAUAUUGUGUUAAAAUUUGGUUAAUGUUGUCUAUUUUCCCAUUCUACAAAACAAAGUUUUUCCUUACUUUUCUAGGAGAAGCCUGUUAAAGAAAGAGGGCUUCUGAGUAGUCUAAUAUCAGCCAUCUAGUAGGUUAGAUUUCUCCCCAAGUUAUAACAUAAGUCUAAUCUUUUCCUAAUCUUUUUUAUAUAAUUAUAAUUACUGUACUUAAGAAAUAUAAUCUCAGCCCGGCAGUGGUGGUGCACGCCUUUAAUCCUAGCACUUGGGAGGCAGAGGCAGGCAGAUUUCUGAAUUCAAGGCCAGCCUGGUCUACAAACUGAAUUCCAGGACAGCCAGGGAUACACAGAGAAACCUUGUCUCAAAAAACCAAAUAUAUAUAUAUGUGUGUGUGUGUGUGUGUGUGUGUGUGUGUGUGUGUGUGUGUGAUCUCCAUAUUAAAAGGAAACCAAUGGUAUUACAUAAUUUGUCUUUAGCUUAUCAGAAUACAAGACAUUCUAGAAAUGACAAAAUACUGAUCUGAUAAAGCAACAUUUGUAAAAAGUUUUUACCUUUUAUAAUUCAUUUGACUAAGAAUAUAUGCUUACUUAUAUUUUGAAUAUAUCCUAUAAUAUCUUCUAGCACCUUCCAGUUUCAGAGGUUGAUGGGAUAUUGUUUUUCUUUUUGAUGAAUGAAUUCCAUUGUGCUACUAUGGAUAUAUAUAUAUAUAUAUAUAUAUAUAUAUAUAUAUAUAUAUAUAUACAUACUAUGGAUUACCUACUAUGGAUAAUAUAUCAAUAAACAUGGACAUGCAGAUAAUCUGUGAGGGUUAAAUUUUCCUUUGUUAUGUAAUAUACCCAGAGAGGGGCAUAUAUAUAGUACGGUAGGUUUUUUUUUUUUUUUAACAUUCUUGAAAGCUGUGUUCUGCUUCCCAUAAUGAAUAUACUGAUUUACAUUCCUAUCAAUAGUGAAAUAAGCCUUCUUUUCAGUGUAUAUUCUCACUAACUUUUAUACUUUUUGGUGUUGAUUAUUACAAUUAUAGCUGGAUCAAAAUGAUAUCUCA